CUUGAUUCUGCACCUUUAUUACUUUUUCGCUUUUGUAAUUUUUUUUUAUAAUUUUACAAUAUAAAAUAAAAAAGAUGGCAACAUACAAGGACAUUGUCUAUGUCAAAGAUAGCGCUGACCUAUGCCACACCCUAGAUAUCUAUCUACCAACCGCCACGCCACCGCCGCACUCCCUACUCCCUCUCAUACUCUACAUCCACGGCGGCGCCUGGCGGACCGAUGACAAGCAAACAAUUCCCUCCCUCGGCCCUUCCCUUGCCCACCACAGCUCAGCCAUUGUCGCCAUACCCAACUAUCGCCUAAGCACACGCGCUGAAUCCUCCAUUCGCCACCCGACGCACCUUGAAGACGUCCAAUCGGCGCUAUAUUUUCUUCAAUCUUGUCAGCAACCGUACCCUGGGCACGAAUACGUGGACCACAAACGAAUUUACCUGGUCGGACACUCGGCUGGCGCUCACCUGGCAAACAUGGCGGUUCUGACAGGCAAUGCGCAAAGCGCCAGGGGUGUGCUAGGCAUUGGGGGGAUUUACGAUAUCCCGGGGUUACUCAAGACGUACCCGAGCUACGAAGAUUUCGUCGAAAUGGCGUUCUGGCCGCACCAGUACCAGGAGGCCAGUCCCCUACACAGGGUCGGCGAUGAGGGAAGGGAUAUUGCGUUCAUGUUGGUCAAUAGUGUGGAGGAUGAGCUUGUUGGCUCGCAGCAGGCCGUGAGGUUUGCGCAGAAGCUUAUUGACCGCGGAUACCGCAAUGUCACGCUGGCCGUACGCGAUAUCGGCGGCCAUUACGAGCAGCUCGAAAGGCCAGAGUUUUGGAAUCUGGUGGCUGACUUUGUUGCGAGCAGCAAAAAAUAAUGAGUAUAAACAGUAUGGUGAUUUAUUACAAAUUAUAAACAACAGAUAGUAGCGAGU